UCAAUUACUCAAAAGAGACACUUGAGGAUUUCUUCUACUUUUUGCCUUCUGAGCAGAAGAGCUCCGUCCUCAUUAAAUAUCCAGAAUGUCCUCCCAUUCAUCCUCCCUGCUAUUCAUCCUUCUGCUUGCUGGGCCUAUUAAUCUGUUAGCGGUGAGUCCCGGGAGAGUAAGUACAGGGAUGGAGGAACAAGUGAGGACAGAGGGUAAGGUUGGAUCUGGGGUAAAGAACAAGGGACACAGGGCAAGUAUUGUGGACAACAGUGAAACUGGAUUUGGAGAUACCAGUGUUUCUAAACCAAGAGUUUUUCCAGGAGGGAAUAGCGAAGUUCUAGGAGAGCCUGGUAUUAGUAACUUCAAGUCCACACUUUCUAUCAGCGAAGAUGAACUAUGGGAACCCAGCAGCUCCUCUCGCUGUGUCUCUAUCCCAUCAGGCAUGGCCCUGUGCCAAAAUAUUGGCUAUAAUACCAUGAGGAUGCCCAACCUGCUGGGCCACGAGACUCCUGCUGAGGCUGUGCAGCAGAGCGCCAGCUGGUUGCCACUCCUUGCCAGAGAGUGCCACCCUGAUGCCCGCAUCUUCCUCUGCUCUCUCUUUGCUCCCAUCUGUCUUGACAGAUUUAUCUCACCCUGCAGAAGCUUGUGUGAAUCCGUACAGGACAGCUGUGCACCGAUCAUGAGUUGCUAUGGCUACCCAUGGCCCGAAAUUCUGCGGUGCGACCAGUAUCCCGCGGACCAUCUCAUGUGUAUCUCGUCCAUCACUAACACCACCGCUGACACAGCAGGGCGUAGAGCACCACAGGCGAGCUGUCGGGACUGUGAGCUGGAAGAGGCCUCCUCAUCAAAUGAUUUACUUGAGACUUUUUGUAGGAGUGAUUUUGUCGUGAAACUACGACUGACAAGGCUCAAAUACAGCCCAGUCAGUCUAUCUCUGUUCUCACUGGCUAGUAAACUGGACGUCCUGAAGCAGGGACCCUUGCUAGGUGGUCAGCUGCGCUCACGCAUCAAGCUGUGGCUGGAAAGAGAUGCCACCUGCGUGAGGAACAUGACACGCCAACACCCACGAGGUGGCACCUUUCUUGUGACAGGAACAGUGCACGGGGAGCGCCUGGUGGUCAACAAAGCUUUCGCCUGGCAGAAACAAGACAAGAACCUGACGGCAGCUGCACGCAAGUGGAAACAAUACCGAUGCAGAAACUAGGAUUAUAUGUUUAGGUAGAAAAAGUCGAACUGAAACAAGCACUAAACAGCUGUGGUUAGGGGAUAAUGUUUAGAAUGAAAUCAUAAGUCUGUAAAUAAACCUUUUCUUGUUUCAUUUGUUGUUUUGUUGGGUUUUUUUCCAAAUCAUAUCCAAACUAUUGGUUGAGGAAAAGUUACCAGACAGUAAGAUGGUCACAACUACAGUGCUCAAUCAAUAUCAGCACCGUGCCAGUCAGGCAGAGUAGUUCAAAGAAAUAAAAGAUGUUAAAUAGAAAAUUUACAGAG